UUUCCCCCCUGGGAUCUGCUAGGAAUUAAGCGUCUGAGUUGCUGUGUUUAAACCUCAGCCUUUAAACAUCCCUUCCCACUCCCCCCAUGUGCUGCACAAACCCCAGGUUUCUUUGGAAGCAUUAUUUUAAGAAUAAGAUUUAAAGAGCUCAUUUCACAAAGAAUUGUGCUAUCAGGUUCUUUUUCUUCUUUUAAUUUCCAAAAAGGUAUUUUUUGUGCAUUGGGGACUAGAUCGAGAAGAGCUUUGGAGAACACUGUGAAGGCAGCCAGACUGUGGUAUUGCCAAUCAGUGCACACCUCUUCUUCCCACCAGCCUCCCACUCAGCUGCCAAAGCCUGUUCCAUGGCUUCCCAGGCAAUUAGUGGUUGCAACACACAUCCACACAGCCAGCAGAACCCCUCCAGAUUUACAUGUGUCCUUGAUAACCUCUUGUGGUUUUUUAAGCCUUUGGUAGUAAUGAAAUGACUGAGGAUAAUGACAAUAUAAACUCCCCGAGUGCAAGACCUGGAAACAUGUUUUUCUUCUAAGCAGCUGGUGUCCCUUGGUGGGACAGGUCUGAAUGGGUGAGCUUCACUCUGUAUGUCAACGCCCAUGCUCUUGGCAAUCAGACUGGAAUUAACUGGCUUCUUAGUGUGCACCCAGGGUGGUGUUUGCUUGGUUGGCUGGUUAUGGUAACUGAAAAACAGUCCGAAUCACUUCAGCCUUGGGCUUCCAGACCUUGCUGCUUUAUUUCUAGAGCACCUUGUAUCCUAUUUUUCCAUUUUUCAUGGAAACAAAGCUCUACUGGGCUGUCAUGAGCUCUGGCAGCCAUUCUUUUUCCUCAGCUCCCAGGAAACUCCUCACCUUGACCUAAUGGAGGAGCAGCCUGAGCUGCUAUCUGGGACAGCACUGGUGUGCAACGGGAAGAGCAGGGACAAGGGGAGCUCACAGAGAGCAAUGCAGCAGCUGAUCCAGUGUGAAUUCCAAAGCUCUGUUCUUGAAAUGUUAAAAGACAAAGAUUGAGGAAGACACUUUCCAUGACAAAGAAAGACACUCUCCAUGCCAGAGCUUAGGGAAGGUUUCUACAGAGCAGCAACAGAAGCAGAGACCCAGGACAGAAAUAUUUUGGUUUGUACCCCUCUCUGCCAACAUUUGGGCAGGAUUUGAAGGGGGGGAACCAGCAAAUCCACUAAGAGUUUGAGGAAAAAAAACUGACAAAAGCAUUGGUGAGAUUACAUUUAGGAGGGUAGUUUAGAGGAGUUUUACUAUUUUAGCUCUGGAAAACAGGAGACACCUGACUUACUCCUGAGCUCUGAGGGAGCCCUUAUCAUCUUCCUCCUCUCCUCUCCUCCUCUCCUCUCCCUGCAUCAGGCAGGGAGAAAAGGAAGUAUCCUUGAUAAGAUUGUGAAAGAAGAACUACUAUCAAGAUGAUUUCGAUGUCAGCUUAGGUUUUAGAGGACAGAGGUCGGCCGAUGGCCUUCUAGGGCGCUUGUGCUGCAGAUUGUUCUAUAAAUGCUGAUAUGUUGACUCUGCGAUCAUAAAGGAUUUUCACAAGAAACGUAUCCCUUUGUAGCCUUGCUUUGUGCUCGUAAUUCAGUUGUCAACUGUGUGGAAGGGAAGAGAUGCAGUAAGGCCUGCUCACAUGCUGCUUAAAUCCUUGCUUUAAAAGACAGUAUUUUUUUUUCCCAGCAUUGCCAAUUAUUUUGCCCUGAGGGCUGAGGAUUAUACAGUGCCGUUCCUGUUUCCAUAAUCAAGCACCUGAACACCUCAGAGCAUGUUUAAAACUAAGUGUGAUAAUAGCUGUAUUUUAUAAGGGAAAAGCUCAAGAAUGAGGCUCGGUGUUUAUAACGCAAAAGAACAUUAUAAUUUGAGGUCAACCUUAAACUGAUAGUUCUUAAUGUCCCGUAGUUACCUUAGACACCCAAUAGAGCGUUUGUGUGCAGUCUGACCCAGAGGACAGGCUUUUACAUGGGGACGGGCAGCCUCUGCCGGAAAGGGAAACGUCUCCUUCACGGUCCAGCACGGGACGUUCCCGCGGGCAGCUCGGAGGCAUUGCGGCUGCGGGGCUCGGCCCAGCGCCUCAGGCUGUCACCGUACCCGGCCGGGGGAGGCUGUCGGGGCAGCCCCUGCCCGGGGCGCGUUUCGCUAAGCCGCACACGCCGCACGUCGGGAGCGCCGCCGCCACCUCACGGCAGCACAGCCCGCCUGCCGUGUGCGCCCCGGAGCCGUUGCGUUGUCCCAGAGCAGAGGAGCGGGCAGAGCGGGCCUGAGCGCCGCGCAGCGAGACACAAGGUGGCGUGCAUAGAGGUGGUGGAGGCGUACGUGGAGAGGAUCAAGGAGGUGAAUCCCCUCAUCAAUGCCGUGGUUAAGGACAGGUUUGAGGAGGCCCUGCAGGAAGCCCGGCAGGUCGAUAAGCUGCUUUCGGAGGGUCCUGCCGAUGAUUGCCUGGAGGAGAAGUUCCCCUUGCUGGGAGUUCCCAUCACCGUUAAGGAGGCCUUUUCUCUCUAUGGGAUGCCCAACACCUCUGGCUUGGUCAACCGCCGCAACGUGAUCGCCACCUCGGAUGCCACUGUGGUGUCACGGCUGAAGCAGGCAGGUGCCAUCCCGCUGGGUGUCACCAACUGCAGCGAGCUCUGCAUGUGGUACGAGUCCAGCAACAGGGUCUACGGGCGGACCAACAACCCCUACGACCUACAGAGGAUUGUGGGCGGCAGCUCAGGUGGGGAGGGCUGUGUCCUGGCAGCUGCCUGCUCAGUCGUGGGUGUGGGCUCUGACAUCGGCGGCAGCAUCCGAAUGCCCGCCUUCUUCAAUGGAGUCUUUGGCCAUAAACCCACAACAGGGGUCGUGCCCAAUGACGGCCAGUUCCCAGAUGCUUAUGGGGUGCGGACCAGCUACCUGUGCACGGGGCCCAUGUGCCGCUACGCAGAGGACCUGGAGCCUGUGUUGAGAGUCAUGGCCGGUCCUGGGGUCAGCAACAGGACCUUGGCUGCUGGGACUGCCCUUCCCACCACCCACGUGCUCCCGGGAGCCAGCAGCCAUGGGCAGACUGAUAGCUCUCCCUUCACCGUGAGGAGUUUUCCAUCCCCACACCAUGGCCGGUUCAGUUCCUUCAGUUCUUGGUCCGUGCAAUCAAGUGCAACCAUGCUGCAUGCCAGUGAGGGGCAGAGUGGAGAUGGGGCAGAUGGGGCAGCCCUUCUUUUUGCCACAGCCUGCACACAGUUGCUCUCUCCAUUACCACUUUGCUUUUUCCUGGGCUCUUGUGCAAUCCCAGCCUUGGCUGCAGCCAGAGUUUGUAGUCACAAGGUGCUUCUGGAGAAAUGAGAACUGUACCAACAGAAACUGGAUGGGUCUGAGGAGGCAGGUGAGCAGCUGGAUGCGUUGUGGGCAGUAAGUGUCUGUGUCUUCAGGGUCUCACCUUGCCACCCUGAGGGACAGAGCAGGAUCUCUUGAGGAGACAUAACAAGUGUGUGAGAACCUCUAGUAGUUGCAGAGGAGCUGGGGAUGGAUUUGUGACAAAGCACCAUUCCUU